GCAACAAAAAAAGAAAAAGCAACACGAUCGGUGAAAUAAAAAGGCAAAGAGCAAAAAUUGCAGAGUCAUUCGAGCCGUAGCCCUUCCCUUCACGACAAACGUCCACGCGUUUAUGCAUUUGCACGUAGAUAUAUUUAUAUUUAUUUAUAAUUAUUUAUUUUUUUUUGUGUAUUUGAUUUUUUUGCUGUUUACUUCACCUUAUUUGCUUCUUCUUUUUUUUUUUUUUUCCUGCCGCCUUCGUUUAUGUCCCCCUGAUUGGGCAUUCACUCGACUUCCGCAGCAAGGCCGCCCCCCUGCGAAUUAAAAAAAAAAAAAAAUAAAUAAAACCCCCCCAGUUCCGCAGCAUGAAACUUUCCAGCCUCUUUUGCCUCGUCGUAUGUUCCUCCGUUGCCCACUUGUCAUCGUGUUCGGACCAAAACACGUACUCCUUUGACAUCGUCAAUAGGAAUACCUGGUACAGCAUCGCCAAGAAGAUCUUCCAAGGCACGACGCCGUGCAACUUCACGGUCAUCCCGUCGAGUUACGUGAACAACUCGGAUGGGGUGAGCACCUCGGACGACUCCGUUUUGUUAAUAAGGAAAAAGCUCAAGGAUCCCAGCGAGGCCGGCUUGGACGGAAGCAGCGUCAGUGGCAGCUCAUCCAGUGGCAACUCCCAUAGUGGUAGCGCCCCCUGCUGCGACAAGGGAACCCCCGCGAAGGAGGCGGAACUCAAGUUCAGCACCAAAUUCGAAGGAGACGAUUACGCCAAGCUAAGGGACAGUCUCUCCCUUAUCGAUAAAUCCCUACGCGAGGAAUCCUCAUCGGAAGAGGACUCAAAAAUGGAAGACAGCCAAGUGGGAGAAGUAACUCACGAGGAGACAAUUACCUAUAACAUGCCAGAAGAAUACAUGCCCCAGAACAUUUCUGAAGUCCUAAUCGGAGCAGCUGAAGAGGAUCGCACGUACGCCCUAAAGGGUGAUGAGCCAUGUGAUGUGUACCUCAAAUUAGGGGAAAUAAUAAACGGAACGAAUGAAAAAACGAUCGAAUAUAGCCUUCAGAAGAACAAAAUACUAUGUGUGCAAUUAGAAGCCAUUGGUGGAAACGGAUACCUGUGGGCCUUGUUGGGAGUCCAUAAGGAAAAGCCCCAAAUAAACCCCGAGGAAUUCCCAAGGAAAAAAAUUACCAAAUCCUUUUUCACAAACGAAAUUUCUGUUACGCAGCCCAAAGCAGUACAGAAGAACAAGUCCAACAAUGGAGGUGAAAGUUCUUCCAAUUCACCAGGGUAUGGAAAGCCUCCAGCGAGCGAACAGUUGGGAGGAUUCGUUGGAGGCACGUCGAUGUUGCAGAGCAUCGUGAAGGCACACAAAGAGGGAACGUUCUUCGUCGUCUAUUCUUACUAUAGACCCUUCGACCCCACUGCCAACGCGAACACGAAGAUUUUGAAGUUGACCGUGUCGUAAGGGUGCCCGGUGUGUAGGCCCGUACGCGGUUUUUGCUGCGCUGUCACGUUAAGCUAUCCGGUUAUCCCGCCGUCGCGUCAUCGCGCCACCCCGUUGCUGUGCUUGGCCCCACUUAAAUGUAUCAUACGUGUGCUAGCCAAAAUGGAGCACCGCCAAAGGAUGGG